AUGGCAGACACCACGGCAAACAUCCCCAAAACCAUGCUCGCAAUCCAACAACCAGACGCCCACUCCCCGCACCUAACCCUAACAACCCUGCCCACCCCAUCCCCAUCCCCAUCCCCAAACUCAACCGAACACCUCAUCCGCGUGCACGCAGCCGCCCCCUGCGCCGGCGAACUCCUCUGGCCCCAAUACUUCCCCCCCUCAAGCGGCAGCCGCGUAUUCAUCCCAUGCCCCGACGUCGCAGGCACAGUGGUAACCGCACCAGCGGACUCGCCAUUCCGGCCAGGCGACGCGGUGUACACGCGCGCGAAUUACAGACGCAAUGGCGCCGGUAGUCAGUACACCAUCCUGGCGACUGAGGAACUGGCGCACCGGCCGCGGAAUGAGCUGUCUUGGGCUGGGGUUGCGGCGAUUCCGCUGUCUUCUAUGACGGCGUGGCAGGCUUUGUUUGAGCAGGCGGGGGUUGGGGGGUUGGAGAGUGGAGGGUGGAAGGGGAAGAGGGUGUUGGUUACGGCGGCGUCUGGGGGGGUAGGGAUUUGGGCGGUGCAGUUGGCCAAGUUGGCGGGGGCGAGGGUUGUGGGGACGUGCGGGCCUGGGAAUUUGGAGUUUGUGAAGGGGCUUGGGGCGGAUGAGGUGGUCGAUUAUCGGACGGUGGAUUUGAAGAGUUGGGUUGCUGGUUCUGGGAAGGUUGAUGUUGUGAUUGACUGUAUUGGACGCAGGGCGUUGGCGGAUUCUUGGUGGGCGCUUAAGGACGGGGGCACUAUCAUCAGUAUUUUCCAGCCGCCGAAGGAUGUGCGGCCAGAGGGGUGUGAUGUCAAAGGUGUUAAGGAGGUGUUCUUUAUCAUGGAGCCUGUUAGGGAGCAUCUUGAAGCUAUUACCAGGCUGGUUGAGGAGGGCAAGUGUCGGGGGUUUGUGGACAGUGUGUGGCCGCUGGAGCUCUUCCAGGAGGCGUUUAAGCGUGUGGAAAGUGGGCAUGCCAGGGGGAAGGUUGUUAUUGAUUUCGGACUGAAUCGCGAGCCAUUUCAGUAA